AUGGAGUUCGCCAUGGUGGGCGCAGAUAGCGGCGGCUGCAACCCGCACGUGCCGUACGCCUACGCGCAGGCUCGCGCCAGGGAGCGGGAGCGCGAGAGGGAGAGGCAUUCUCGCGCAGCGGCGGCUGCUGCGGCUGCGGCGGCAGCGGCGGCGGCGGAGAGCGGGGCGGCCGGCGAGGGAGGCGGGACCUGCGGCCACGGCCAGCAGCAUCAGGUUCGCGCCGCCUCCUCGGCGAUGGCGAGCGGCAACGGCGCCUCGCGCCCCUCCUCCUCGUCCUCCUCCUCCUCCUCCUGUUGCUGCUCCUCCUCCUCUCAGCAGCAGCAGCAACAGCCGCCACAACAGCAGCAACAGCAGCAGCUCCAACAGCAGCAGCAACAGCAGCAGCAACAGGCGCAGCGCGAGGCGCAGCCGCAAGUUCUCCGCGAGCGGAAAAAGGCGCGUGGGGUCGCGCGCUGGAGACGCCCGCGCGCGCCUCUCGGUGGCGAGCUGCGCCACUCGGAGCUGGCGCUCCUAGGCUCAGAGGAGGACGUGAUGAUCGAGGAAGAGGAGGCGACGGGCGAGGAGGAGGAAGAGGAGGGCGCUCGCGCGCGCUGCGGCCCGGCGUACGACGCGGACGAGCACGUGGUGGACGACGCGGAUGACGCCACCCUGGACGACGACGAUGACGACGAGACGGCCUCGCUUACGGGCGGGCGGCCGCGCGCAGGCUACGGACGCGGUGCGCGCAGCGCGCGUGGCGCGCUCGGAGAGCGCGGUGGCUGCUGCGAGCGCGUGGUCAUCAACGUGUCGGGCCUGCGCUUCGAGACGCGGCUGCAGACGCUCGCCCAGUUCCCGGACACGCUGCUGGGGGACCCGGCCAAGCGCAUGCGCUACUUUGACCCGCUGCGCAACGAGUACUUUUUCGACCGCAACCGGCCAAGCUUUGACGCCAUCCUCUACUUCUACCAGUCGGGCGGGCGCCUCAAACGGCCCGCCAACGUGCCGCUAGACGUCUUCUCCGAGGAGGUGAAGUUCUACGAGUUGGGCGACGAGGCCAUGCUCAAGUUCCGCGAGGACGAGGGCUUCGUGAAGGACGAAGAGAAACCGCUGCCCGAGGAUGAGUUCAAGCGCCAGGUGUGGCUCCUUUUUGAGUACCCAGAGAGCUCGAGCCCGGCACGCGGCAUUGCCGUGGUUUCCGUGCUCGUCAUCGUCAUCUCCAUUGUGAUUUUCUGCCUCGAGACGUUACCCGAGUUCCGCGACGAGCGUGACGCACCCGGAGGCGCUGGCGCGCACGUGUCCACGCACGGGGUCAACGGCACGCACGCUCCCGGCGCGAAGGUAGAAGAGGCCACGGCCUUCACGCCCUUCAACGACCCGUUCUUCGUCGUAGAGACUGUGUGCAUCGUGUGGUUCUCCUUCGAGAUCGCCGUGCGCUUCUUCGCCAGCCCCAGCAAGGCGGCCUUCUUCAAGAACAUCAUGAACUCCAUUGACAUCGUGUCCAUCCUGCCUUACUUCAUCACGCUGGGCACGGACCUAGCACAGCAGCACCCUCAGCAAGCGCAGCAGGGCAACGGGCAGCACGCCAUGAGCUUUGCCAUCCUGCGGAUCAUCCGCCUGGUGCGCGUCUUCCGCAUCUUCAAGCUGUCGCGCCACUCCAAGGGCCUGCAGAUCCUGGGCCACACAUUGCGCGCCAGCAUGCGUGAGCUGGCACUGCUCAUAUUCUUCCUGGUGAUUGGCGUGGUGCUCUUCUCCAGCGCCGUGUACUUUGCGGAAGCUGAUGAGCCGGCGUCACAGUUCACAAGCAUACCAGAUGCCUUCUGGUGGGCCGUGGUCACCAUGACCACAGUGGGCUAUGGUGACAUGAAGCCCAUCACGGUGGGCGGCAAGAUCGUGGGCUCGCUGUGCGCCAUCGCCGGUGUGCUGACCAUCGCGCUGCCCGUACCUGUCAUCGUGUCCAACUUUAACUACUUCUACCACCGUGAGACGGACAACGAGGACCAGACGCAGGCCGUGGAGUAUCCACCCCCCGGCUGCCCCUACUUCCCAGACUUCCUGAGGAAGUUCAAGGGUUCACCGUCGGGAUCCUCGCUGGGGGACAAGGCGGCCGAGUACAUGGAGAUGGAGGAGGGGGUUACGGAGUCCCUGUGUGGGGUGGACAAACGCAGCCCCAGCAGGGGCAACGGCACGGACGCAGGCAGGAAAAACAGCACCAAUUCUAGAAGCCUACAGACAGAUGUAUGAUUAUGAAUGGCAAAGCUGUUGGUGAGCUUGUGAAGGGUUUGGACACGUGAAGAAGAUUGCACAACUUAUUACUGAUCAGCAGCACACGUGCACGUGAUGCGCGUUUUUGGACACGCACACAUGCAUACAUGCAGGCACGCACACAUGCAUACAUACAUGCAUGCACAUAGACAAAUACAUAUACACACACACACACACACACACACACACAACAGACACGCAUGCGCACACGUGGACAAGCAUACACAUAUGCACAGGAACACACUAGUGCACACGCAUACGCCCUUACAUGCACACAUGCACGCAAACACACCCACACAAACCCAAACGCACGCACGCACGCAUCAUUUCUUACGGACCUGAGCUGAAACAUUUUUGCAACGUGGCUACUUUUUUGUAGAGAAACACAACCCUGUAAUCAGACGACAGGCAACGCAAAAAUCACCAGCUUUACGUGACGCGGAGGUGUGAGUACGGGCCCACCUGUAGACUGUAGACAGAAUCGAACAACAAACCCGGUUCAAGGAGCGCAAAACAAGUAUUUUUGCAUAGGCACUUUAUGAGUUACAUUCGUCAGUAAUUGUAGGAAGAAGAAGCAAGCUGUUAUCGUAAUGCUAUUAUGCAAUAACGUUGAAAUCAUUUGCACUAUCAUUAAAAUUUGUUCUAGUCUCCCAGCUUCAACCAGAGAGUCAGACACGGACCUUAGAGAGAAAGAGAGAGAGAGAGAGAGGGGAAGAGAGCGGGAAUUCAAUAACUACUUAGUAACUCUGCUUUGACUUAAUACAUGGUUGUUGUAGAAGUGAAUGAGCAGUUUGUCAUGUCCUGCUACCUUCUGUCCAGUCACCUUCGAGUUCAUUAGACAGCAACAUGUUGCUCUUCUUAAGGCUCCUAUACUGACAACACUGAAAAGUCAGCAUGCCAGUCUGAACUACCACUGGCAAAGCUCAGUUCAGCCCCCAAAGGUGAAAGAGUUAGCACCAGUUAUUCAAUACUUUAAUGAGGGUUAAACAAACCAGUCGUUGUUAACAUAAACACUAACAUUUCUGUUUGUCCUCCACUCAAAUCGACUAGGUGUAACACGUCAGAUCACCCAUUGUGGCAUGACUGACAUUUAUUUCCAAAGUGUAGAUGCCCACCAUGCCCCUUCCCCCAAAACCUUUUGGCCCCAGAGAGCCAGGCCACAAUACCGGUUCUGCAUUGAAUCACAAAAAGUCUCUCUGACGCCACGGCUAAACGGACUGUCCUGCCAUUGUUGGAGUAUCUGCUGCUUUUGAAGGGAAUGCUUCAAUGCUUCGCGCAACUUAUUCACUCUCGGUCCCUUUAACCACAAUGACAAUGCAUCCCUUUACAAGGACGGGAGACCCGCAUCAAAGCAGGAAAAAUGAACUGGCUCGCUAGCUGGUCCUGAGGUGGACUUUUAUGCACAAAAAACAAAACAAACCCCCCCACGUGCCACUCCAGAGGGGCAGCCGGCCUUCAUGGAGCGAGCAAGGACCACAUCUAGCCAGAGCAGAUCACUGUGCGAGCGCUGUGCGUCUUGAUCAUGAGAGACUGACCCAUCAGUGAACGGAUCUCCAAAGCAAAGGACCCGUUAUGACUACCAGUCGGCGUAGGCAUGAGACUGGACACAGCUCCGAGGAACCAAAAGUCCCGAUGAUGUCCUCCCUGAGUGACCAG